GUGAUUUUCUAAGUUUUGUGUGUAAUUGUUAAACAGAGAAAUGCCCACACGGCGAGUGUCUUCCAUAGAUCCAGUAAAAUUCGCGUCCGCUCAAACUUUCUGGACUUAUGCGGCUGGAAGAAACACAGCCAAGCCAACACUCAUUGAAGAAAUGAAAAGUACGAAUUUCAAGCCCAAGAAACUGGACGAGUCUUGGGAUUUGUCAGCUAUAGAAGAGGCAGGGGGUUUGAAUGAGAGCAAGGACGAGGAACCAAAGUCUGAAACUCAAGAACCUGAACCAAAGAUACACGCAGUUCCCGAACAACAGGAAGAGAGUCACCCAGUUCCCGAACAACAGGGAGAGAAACACCCAGUUCCCGAACAACAGGGAGAGAAACACCCAGUUCCCGAACAACAGGGAGAGAUACACCCAGUUCCCGAACAACAGGGAGAGAAACAUUCUAACAGUGUCGAGUCUGAUCAGUGUAUUUGCAACGAUGUGACACAAAAUAAGGAAGUUAACCUAAAGAACAGCCAGGAUGACCUAAUAAAAAGGCUCAUCGAAAAAAUUGCCGAGCUGCAAAAUAAUUUGACUUAUGGUGAGGUCGAAAAUAUUCGGCUAGAAGGUUGCGUCAAUAAACUAAAACUGAAUGUCUCAAAAAGUGAAACAGUUAUGGAAGAGUGCAGGGAUAUGAUAAACGACCUUAAAAUGGAAAAGGAAUCUCUAGAAAAAAUAAUAGAAAGAUUAGAGCACAAUUUAAUGCGAGUAGAGCAAGAAAACAGAGACCUCCGGGUGGAGAAGAUCAUGUGGGAAAGUGAAAAGAGGAGAUUGGAAAACAGCUUGGAGGAGGCACGGACUGAAUCACGUUUGCUAGACAGUAAGAGUUAUUGGCACUCCACAAGUUUGGAUGUUAUUGAUGAGCUCAACCGUAAGAUAGAUGCGCUGAGCACGGAAAAUACAACCUUGAAUACCUUAUAUGACAGAGCCGAAAAAAGAUUUAGAGAAGUAGAAAAAGAGAAAAGUAAGUUGAGGGAGGAAAACAAGUCAUUGAGAAGGGACAAGUUACGAUUGGAGAUGGAAAAACAGGAUCUCCACUGCUCUUUAGCUGGAACAGGGUACCUAGAAUCCCUCCCCAGAUCCUCCAGCCCUGUCAGUAAACUGCACGAGGAGGAGCUGUGUAGCACGUGCAAGUGUCGGCACUCCAGUCCCCAGAGACUCUGUUCCACCUGCAAAUGUGUUCACAAAAGCACUUCCCUCAGCGAUGUUUGUCCGGUGUGUUACUGUAAAUACUCCCAGUGUCCGAGAAGCCCGGGGAACGUAUCCUAUUCGGAAUACAGUCCCAUCCUCACAGACCUUUCCAGAACAUUUUGAGGAAUAUCAAACAUUACGAAAGU